GACUGCAGCAUCGGCUGGACGGAUGGCGACCGCUUCGGUGGCGUGCGCAGCCUCAACUUGCGCGUGGUUCCGGGCGAGCUCUUGCUAAUCUCUGGCCCCGUUGGGUCUGGCAAGACUCUUCUCUUGGAAGGCCUUGCGGGCACGCGACCGGCAGAAUCAGGCGUUUGUCAGCGCGCUGGCCGCAGCACAGCCUUCGUGGCACAGCGACCCUGGUUGCUGAAUGGCAGUCUCCUGGAGAACGUGCUCUUCGGGCAGCACGAAAUGCCAGAGAAGCUGCAGCGAACGCUCGAGUCCUGCGCCUUGAUCCAG